UACUAGGUAUUUUCCCAAUUUUUGGAGAGAUCAUUCAUGGUCUUCGUCUUUUAUUUCUUCAGUUUCUUGUGACUUAUUAAAGAAACGAAGGUACCCAAAAUUAAUUCUUUUUCAGCUACCAAUUGAAAUCACAAAACCAGCAAGAAUAAAGCUUCUGAAUUUCCCAAUUUGAGGGUUUAAACGACGAGAAAAAAAGUUAAAGAAAAUACAAUUUUCUGAAGCCUCCUCUAGCUGGCUCCAUGGAUCCUCCUCGAAAUUUCGUUCCGCCGAUGCAUAUGCAAUUCCGACCAGUUGUUCCGGCUCAGCAGUCACAGCAGUUCAUGCCUAUGGCUUCUCCACAUUUCCAGCCCGUUGGCCGAGGUGUCCCUAUGAUGCAUCCUGGGUUGCCUUCUCAACCACCACACUCACAGUUUCCUCCGUCAGUACAGCAAUUGCCUGCUAGGCCUGGACAACCGGGCCUGGGUCAACCACCAUCACAGGUUAUUCCUAGUAUUCCAGCUCCAAUCAACUAUAUGCCUGGUUUAGGUGGCCCAGGAGCACCUCUCCCUUCUCCAUAUUCGUUUGUGCAGUCAUCUUAUGUGCAACCCCCAGUAGCUUUUAAUAAUGUACCUCAGUACCAGUCAGUUUCUCAAAUGCACGCACCAAAUAUUCCUGCUGGAGGGCAGGCGUCAUCGUCGUCUAUAUAUCAAAUUUCUGCUCCUGUUACUCCUUUGCAGGUCAAUGGUGAACAAUCUUCGGUUGCCCCUGCUGCUGUUCUGACAACAGGUGUUCAUCCCAUUAAGCCCACUGUAGAGACCACGACAGACUGGAAAGAACAUAAUGCUGCUAAUGGAAGGAGGUAUUAUUACAAUAAGAGGACAAGACAAUCUAGUUGGGAAAAGCCUUUAGAGCUGAUGACACCAGUUGAGAGAGCAGAUGCAUCAACUGACUGGAAGGAAUUCACCAGUCCUGAGGGAAAAACGUAUUACUUCAAUAAAAUUACCAAGCAGUCGAAAUGGGAAAUCCCUGAAGAAUUGCAGUUGGCCCGCAAGCGAGCUGAUGAGGCUGCUGCAGUGGAAACACAGACUGAAUCCUUGGAAAAUUCUCAUGCCCGGGCUUCUGUUUCUCCAUCUGUGAAUAAAACUCCAUCUAUGGCAGCUGCUUCAGCUUUAACAGCUCAAGGGACACCCUCGAGUCCAGUUCCAGUCACCCCUGUUGCUGCUGCUGGUAAUUUGCAAUCUCAGCCAGCUUCUGAAUCAUCAGCCUUACCUGUUACGGUAUCUUCUGUAACAAGCAACUCAGAAGAAGUUCAGAUGACUGAGAAUAUUGCUUCUAAUGUUUCUGGAAGCUCUGAAAUUACUGCCACUGCGGCUGAUACCUCAAUUUCACCAAUGAAAAACUCCAGCAGUCAAGAUGAUCCUAGUUCUAAAAACAAAGCUACUGCACUUGAUAAAGAGGGAGCCGCAAAAGGUGCAGCAGCAACUGAAAAAACUGACAGUUUUUUCUUGGAAGAAAAUACCGUUGCUCAUGAGUCAGUAACUUAUGCUGAUAAGCUGGAGGCGAAGGAUGCAUUUAAAGCACUUUUGGACUCUGCAAAUGUUGGGUCCGACUGGAGCUGGGACCAGGCCAUGAGAGUGAUAAUUAAUGACAGAAGAUAUGGUGCACUGAGAACACUUGGAGAGCGGAAGCAAGCAUUUAAUGAGUUCUUGGGCCAAAAGAAAAAACAGGAAGCAGAAGAAAGGCGGAGUAAGAAUAAAAAAGCAAGAGAAGAAUUCAAGAAUAUGCUAGAAGAAUCUAGAGAGCUGACAUCAACCACAAGAUGGAGCAAAGCAGUAACAUUAUUUGAAGAUGACGAUCGUUUUAAAGAUGUUGAACGAGAAAGAGAUCGCAAAGAUCUAUUUGAUACUUUCUUGAAGGAACUUGGAGAAAAGGAACGAGCAAAGUCGCAGGAAGAGCGCAAGAGGAAUAUUGCUGAGUAUAGGCAGUUUCUAGAAUCUUGUGACUUCAUUAAGGCAAGCACCCAGUGGCGAAAAGUUCAAGAGCGAUUGGAGGCAGAUGAAAGGUGUUCUCGUCUCGAAAAAAUUGAUCGUCUUGAAAUUUUUCAGGAUUAUUUACAUGAUUUGGACAAGGAAGAGGAAGAGCAAAGGAAGAUCCAGAAGGAAGAACAGAGAAAGGCAGAGCGUAAAAAUCGUGAUGAGUUUCGCAUGCUAUUAGAAGAACAUGUUGCUGCAGGAACGGUGACAGCUAAAACUCACUGGCGUGAUUAUUACUUGAAGGUUAAAGAUUUACCUGCAUAUUUGGCUGUUGCAUCGAACACCUCCGGUUCUACUCCAAAAGAUUUGUUUGAAGAUGUCUUGGAGGAGCUUGAUAAACAGUAUCAUGAAGACAAAACUCGGAUAAAGGAUGCUGUGAAGUUGAAAAAGGUAGCUAUGGCAUCAACCUGGACAAUUGAUGAUCUUAAAGCUGCAAUCAUGGAGGAUCUCAGCUCACCACCUAUAUCAGAUGUAAAUCUAAAGAUAAUAUUUGAUGAAUUGCUGGAUAGAACCAAGGAGAAGGAAGAGAAAGAAGCAAAGAAGCGUAAACGUCUUGCAGAUGACUUUCUUAAUUUGUUGCAUUCUAUCAAGGAUAUAACUGAAUCUUCAAAGUGGGAGGAUUGUAAAGAACUUUUCGAAGGUAGCCGAGAGUACAGUUUAAUUACUGAAGUGAGUAUCUGCAAGGAUAUAUUUGAGGAAUAUAUAGAUCAACUGAAAGAACAUGCAAAGGAGAAUGAGAGGAAACGUAAGGAGGAAAAGGCAAAAAAGGAAAAAGAGAGAGAGGAACGGGACAAAAGAAAGUCUAAGCACAGAAGAGAAAAAGAAAGAGGACAUGAACGGGACAAGGAGCACAUAGAGAAGGAAGACGAAGAUGCCGAAAAUGCUGAUAUAACUGACUUUCAUCUCAGUAAUGAUAGCAAAAGAUCAGCAAAUGACAGUAACAAGAGACAAAGGAAGAGGCAUAGCGAUACUGCAGAUGAUCCAAAUGAGAUAGAGAAAGAUAGGUCUAAGAGUUCUCAUAGACAUAGUAAUGACCACAAAAAAUCUAAACGGCAUGCCUCCGGUCACGAUUCAGAUGGUGAAAGCAGGCAUAAGAGACAUAGGAGAGACCAUCGAAAUGGUUCUCGUAGAAAUGGAGAUUACGAGGAGCUUGAAGAUGGGGAAUUUGGCGAGGAUGGGGAAACUCGGUAGUUAUGUCGUCCUACAGGUUGCUUCUUUCCUUCAAUGCUUAUAUGUGUUGGAAGAUAUCGGUUUUCUGUAGUAUAUUGAUUACAGUUUCAGCUGAUUGUAUUAUGAUUAUCUACUUGCAAUGGUUUUUACUUAAUUUAGCCAUAACCCCAUGUAGCACUAACAGGAGUUUUUGGGUAAUUUUUUAAGAAACGUCCCAUUGCAUGUAUUAUUUCCUUUAUGAGUUUACGGUAGCACAAUCUUUCUGUGUUUUAUAUAUUCAGGAUCCUUCUAUAUUUGUCCCCACCUGUUAAGAUUUUGUCAGUUAGGAGUUGGAACAUAAAGUAGAUAUGAUACUCAGGGUAUGUAAACUAUCGUCUUAUUUUAUUUUGAUAGCCAAAUUUUGAUUCGUUUAGUUUUGAUUAUUAAAUUUUAAUUUUAUUCUAACAGGGGUUCUUCUGGCCAAAUAUGCAUACAUGACCAUUGAUUUCUGCUUUGAAAACUUGUCACGUAUGAAUAAUUUGGCCUUAAAACUUUCCACUGAAAUGAAAUUAUGUAUACGUGAUAAGUUUUUAGGCAACAAAGUAAAUAUCGAUUGCCAAGUAACAAAAAUUAGCAACAAUCGAUCGGCACUGUUCGUUAAACUUCCAUUGAAAUGAAAUUAAAGUUUAGUAACUAAACUAAAACAAAUGAAAGUUUGGUCACCAAAUUGAAAUAAAGUGAUAGUUUGGGUAUCUUGAGAAAAUAACGUUUUGGUAAUCAUUAUUCUUGACAGUAUGCUAUUUUACCUUUUGCUCUAUGAUUCUGCUAUGUUUAUUGGAUUGACAUGUUCUUGCAAGAAAUGAGGCCUGAUUUUCAUGACAAACAACAUUUGGGGAAUCAGUGUAUGCAAAGGAACUGCCUAUACCAUUUUGAUCCUCGCCGGAGUUUCAGUUAAGAAUUUUCUGGUGGUUAUAAUGAGCAAAUGAACUGGUAUCGUAUUUGCUCGAGGAUUUUUUUUGGUGCGGAAAAUCCUCUUGUUCAAGCUUCUUGAUGGUCUCUUUGGGUGGUAGUGCGGCAUCGUCCUUGUUUUCGGAGAUGCUCCCAUAGCUUUUUGGAUGAAGCAGCAGCCAUUGAAAUCCUGCAAAGUUUAUUGUUAUAUCCGGAGAAGAUGAGCUUCAGGUUGGUGGGUAUAUGAAGUUUUAACAUAUACAGGUGAUGUAUUGUUUGGAAGACUUAAGUAGCUCAGCUAAGCAGGUUUGAGACUGACAAUUUUAGACACGACAGAAAAAACACUGAAUUAAGCAAAUUUAAAUUGCAUAUAAAUGUGUUUGUGUCGUAAACAAGUUAAUAUGUUUACGGCACACUUAAUUUCAUAUCUAAAUGAAUAAAACAUGAUCUAAUAAUCUAUUUAAACAUGAUUUUUAUA